CGGGUUUUGCUGGCCGCGGGUGGCGACGGGGGGUUGUCCAAGAUGGCGUUGUUGGAGGAAGAAGAGCAGGCGUUGCUGGAUGAGGAUUCGCAACCCAAGGACCACGGCGACCCUGCGCGCAAGCCCAUGCUGGCCUUGUGCGACCCACAGCGGCUGGCCCACAGGCUGCUGGUGCUGGCGCUCAUGUGCUUCCUGGGCUUCGGCAGCUAUUUUUGCUAUGACAUUCCAGCAGCUCUGCAGACUCAAGUUCAGAGGGAUAUGAAAGUAAACACAGCUAAGUUCAUGGCACUGUAUGCCUGGUAUUCGUGGCCUAAUGUGUUUCUCUGUUUUUUUGGAGGCUUUUUGAUAGACAGAGUAUUUGGAAUAAGGUGGGGUACAAUAAUAUUCAGCUGUUUCGUCUGUGUGGGACAAGUAAUUUUUGCUGUGGGAGCAAUAUGUGAUGCUUUUUGGCUGAUGGAAUGUGGCAGAUUUGUAUUUGGGAUUGGUGGUGAGUCCUUAGCAGUGGCACAGAAUACCUAUGCUGUGAGUUGGUUUAAAGGAAAAGAAUUAAAUCUUGUUUUUGGACUGCAACUCAGCAUGGCUAGAAUUGGGAGCACCGUGAAUAUGAAUAUUAUGGGAUGGGUGUACUGGAAAGUUCAUGAUCUGUUUGGUUCAACAGGCCAUACCACUCUGGGCAUAGCACUCUUGAUAGGUGGUAUUACAUGUAUCUUUUCACUAGUUUGUGCUCUUAUUCUUGCUUACCUGGACAAAAGAGCAGAGAAAAUUCUUUGCAAAGAACAAGGGAAAACUGGUGAAGUAAUAAAAAUAACUGAUGUGAAAGACUUCUCAUUAUCAUUAUGGCUCAUAUUUUUAAUCUGUGUUUGUUAUUAUGUGGCUGUCUUCCCUUUCAUUGGACUUGGAAAAGUUUUCUUCAUUGAGAAAUUCAAAUUUUCUUCUCAAGCAGCAAGUGCGAUUAAUAGCAUUGUGUAUGUCAUAUCGGCCCCAAUGUCCCCUAUCUUUGGAAUUCUAGUAGAUAAAUUUGGAAGGAACAUCACAUGGGUUAUGUGUGCAGUGGUGGGAACUCUAGCCUCUCACAUUAUGUUGGCCUUUACUUUCUGGAACCCUUGGAUAGCAAUGUGUUUGCUUGGAGUUGCUUAUUCCUUGCUUGCCUGUGCCUUAUGGCCUAUGGUUGCUUUUGUUGUCCCCGAACACCAGCUGGGAACUGCCUAUGGAUUCAUGCAGUCAAUCCAGAAUUUGGGUCUUGCAAUCAUUGCCAUUGCUGCUGGUAUGAUAUUGGAUUCCCGAGGAUAUUUCUUCUUAGAAAUUUUCUUCAGUUCUUGUUUGUGUUGUGCCCUUAUUGCUGUAGUCAUGUUAUACUUUGUGAAUUUGUUCAGAGGAGGAGACCUUAACUGGUCUGCAAAGAAGAGAGAAAAAUUGCAGAAGUUAGCCAUGGCUGAAGCAAAAAGACUGGAAAAAAUCAGACGUCAGAAUGAAGAUGAUUUAGCCAAAUUACAACCCAAGAGUGACUUUAGUUUGAGGAAUAGAUAUCUCUGCAGAUUAGGUGCUCAGCUACCAGCCAACUGUGUUUGCCACUUAUCUGCACUGGCACACAGAAGUGUGUUGAAAUAGCAGAAUUGUGUCAUGGCAUGGACAAACAAAAUAAGAAAUUGUAUCAACACAAGACCGUACUCUUCUGUAACAGAGAUCAACAUAUAGAAUGACAACAGAAUACUAUUUAGUAGUUUUCUGGAAACAUUAAUAAUAGCUGAUGUCUUGGAAGACCUUAAAGAGCCUGCAUUGAACUCUGCUAUAGUAGGAUUUUUUUUUAAUGGUGUUCAUGGAUUUUUAUCUGAUUGCUGCUUGGCUUAGAAUCCCCAUCUGCUUGUAACAUUAAGCUUAAAGAACAGUUCCCAUUUGGUGUACAAUUAUGCAAUAUAACUGUAUAUCAAAUGUAUACUGUGCUUGUUUAGCCAUGCAUCAGAAUAACUACACUUUAUCUCUGUGAUGGGUGUUUUAUUUAUGUCCUACAUUUCUUUCACUCAAAGAAAGAACUAAUAGAUAUUAACGAAAUAGAUUAUUUCUGUGAAAUGUAUAGCUUUUAGUAAACUUAUUUUACAGUUUUUUUCUCUUAUGAUAAGCAUGGGUUGAACAUAAACAUUAAGAUGGUGCUGCAUAAAUAUUUCAGGUUUUGGAUUAUCUUUAAAAGCCGUUAUAAAAAUACAAAUUAAACUAAAAGAGCAUUAAGGUUAGGUAUUUUUUUUUCAUAUUGACGCAUUACAAAAAGUUUCCUGUGGAAAUUGCUAAUUAUUUGUUAGUAUAUUUUCUUAGCAAAGGAAUUUUGGAAAAUAUGUAGAAGAGAGUUGGAUAAUUAAAAUUAACAGUUUACUGCAAUAAUAAAGUUGAUAUGUUUUUGUAGCUGUAAAGAUUAACAAUCAGCACAUUCUCAGGGAAAUAAAAUCUAGAUGAUAGUCAGGACCCUGUUGAAUGUACACUGAUGUUACAUACACAAUGUGGGGUUGGGCUGGGUUUCAAUUCCACUGUUUUGCAUUUUUUAUUUUUUUGAUGCCAAUCCGUAGCAAAUAUCACUUGGAAACUAACCUUGGUGUUCUAGUUUUAAAUUGCUACAGUAGCGGAUCCUUUAGUAUGAAAUUUCUCUUGGUUAUGUAGGACUGGAACUGGACUUGUAUAUCAGUUUUCUGAUGCUUCUCAUAAGCCCUCACCAUGGUUGCCAUUGAUUUUAAGAUUAGUAUGUUGAGAUUGAUGGAAAAAGAACGUUGUAAUCCAGUUGGAUAAUACACCAGGGUUUCCACAUGUGUAUUAUGAGAAAUGUCAAGUUAAUUUAUUUUGGCCAUAUCAAAAAACUGUG